GUCCCCUGUGAUGGCUUCAGUGACAUUGAAACUCUUGGAUGUCCAAGUCAUUUUUUUGAGGAUGAGCUGAUGUCUAUCCUUAAUAUGGAAGGAAGGAAGGGUCUUACCUGGAAAUACUAUGCAAAAAAAAUUCUAUACUUUCUACGACAGCAGAAUAUUUUAAAAAACCUGAAGGAAUAUCUUCAACGGCCUGUGGACCAGCAGUCAUUUUUGGAAGGUGCUGUCUUAAUUGAUCAGUACUGUAAUCCACUAUCAGACAUCUGUCUGAAAGGUGUCCAGACCCAAGUGGAUGAUAUCACGGAUAAAGUUCGCAAAGACCUUCGGACAAAAAACCCUAGACAUCCAAGCUUGGCUUCAAAGGCAGGAGAGGUCUUAGUGAUUCCUGAAGUGGAGCUUCAAAGGCAGGUACUUGAUGCUAUGAACUGUGUCCUGUAUGAACAAUUAAAAUACAAAGGAAAUGAGAUGGACUACUACAACUCUCUGAACUCAUAUAUUCACCAGGUUUUGAUCCGCAGGACUGGAAUCCCAAUCAGUUUAUCUAUUCUCUAUUUAACAAUUGCCAGGCAGUUGGGUGUCAAACUUGAGCCAGUCAACUUUCCUAGUCAUUUCCUUUUGAGAUGGCGUCAAGGAAAAGAAGGAAGCACAGAUAUCUUUGACUAUACUUACAUAGAUGCCUUUGGAAAGGGAAAGCAGCUCACUGUGAAAGAAUGUGAGUACCUUAUUGGCCACCAUGUGACUGAGGAGUUUUAUGGAGUGGUGACUUCAAAAGAGGUCUUGCAGCGUAUGGUGGGAAACCUCUUAAACCUUGGAAAGCGAGAAAGUACUGAUCAGUCUUACCAACUCUUGAGGGACUCUUUGGAUCUAUAUCUGGCUAUGUAUCCAGACAAUGUGCAGCAUCUAAUGCUCCAAGCUAGGUUAUACUUCCACCUGGGAAUCUGGCCAGAAAAGGUUCUGGACAUCCUGCAGCAUAUUCAGGCCUUGGACCCAUCUCAGCAUGGAGCAGUAGGAUAUUUGGUUCAACAUACCCUGGAACAUAUUGAACGCCGGAAAGAGGAAGUGGGGCCAGAGGUGAAGCACCGUUCUGAUGAGAAGCACAAAGAUGUCUGCUUUUCCAUUGGGUUGAUAAUGAAACACAAGAGAUAUGGCUACAACUGUGUGAUAUAUGGCUGGGAUCCCACCUGCAUGAUGGGACAUGAAUGGAUUAGAAAUAUGAAUGUUCAUAGCCUGCCUCAUGGUCCCCAUCAGCCUUUCUACAAUGUGCUGGUGGAGGAUGGAUCCUGCAGAUAUGCUGCUCAGGAGAACCUGGAAUAUAAUACAGAGCCUCAUGAAAUCCCUCACCCUGAUAUUGGCCGUUAUUUUUCAGAGUUUACAGGCAUGCACUACCUAGCAAACACUGAGCUGGAGAUGAGGUAUCCUGAGGAUUUGGAGCUCACAUGUGCAACAAUCCAAAAGAACUAUAGCUCAAACAAGGAAUGAGCGAACACAAGGACAGAAAAUAGUUUAUCACAGCUGCUGUAUCCUCUGUGGAUGGGAGUAUAGAAGCCAAUUUUCAUGCUGACCAAGUAUUGCAUUGCACUUUGUAACAUGUGAUAUAACAUAUAUCCAAUAACUACUCAGUUACCAUCUGCCUACACUUGUCCAAUUAAUUUGGGAUAUAUUGGUUGUCAAGGGCAAGACAUUAAUAAUCCUGAAGUGACAGUCACUAUAUAGAGUGUGGUGUCUCUUUGAGGUCAUGCUUUUACCAUUAGCGUGGUAAUUUAUUUUCCACAUUUAGGAUGUAAGCAUAUUACAUCUCUAGUCUGAAAUAACCCCAUUUUAUGGAUAGGAAGGUUGGUCACAAUUGCAAUUUUUGUAUAGAUACUUUGUAUAUAAUAGUUUUAAUGUCUCUAAAGUUCCAUGAUUGUUACCUGUAUAGUAAUUGUUUCCUGGGUAUUCAUGGUAGUUAGCAUUCCAACUAACAGCCUUCACAGUGGCACUGGAACUUACAAAAAAAAAUUGCAAAGUUCAAUAUGGUUGUAGGUUCAACUGUAAUUCCAAAAGACCAGCUAAAAUUAAUGCUUUUAGCAGUCACAGACACAGAACAGAAUCAUUUUGAAGGUGACUUCAUAGCUAUUUUCUAUUUCUCCUAGCUAUGUCCCUAGUAAACUUGUUGGGCCCAUAUUCUAACCCAUAUUUUUCUUCCUAUUAUUAAUUGGUUCCCUUCAUGAUGUUGAAUAUGUGACCUGGUCAUAUAUGUUCUCCAUGCCUUCAUGUUGUUACAACUUUUUAAAACUUUUAGUUUGCUAAUGGAACAGUCAUUUACAGGUGACAGACUGCUGAAGGCUCUCAUCAGUGAUCUCUAGUUAUCUUAAGUGAUCAGGUCUGAUUGUGCCAUGAAAGCCAGCAGGUACCCAAAUCUGGGAAACAAUGCUGGUGUUUCCUCUAUCUUGAUGUCUUCUUUCUUUCUGUCAAAAAAGAACAAUGCCCUGGGAAGGGGGAAAGGAGUCAUUUGUCCAGAUUUGUUGCCUGCAGGAAUUCAGGAAGCCAGAGUUGUAAGGAGACUGAAUGGACAGAGCCUGCAAAGCCUAGAAGGGCACAUCUACAUGAGACACUGACUGUGCAGUAGCUGAAUAAUACUGUGCAGUAGCACGUCACAACACCAACUAAUGUGCUAAUAUGCUACUGCACAGUAACAGCUGCACAGUAGCAUUCAUGUAGAUGCAUGCAAAAUGUAAAAAAACAGUAUAUGUUUGUUUUCUUUUAAGUUUCCUUAGGAAUUACAUGUGAAGUUGCUGAAGUAUUUAUAAAGGUAUGAAAAAUACAUACAGUAAUUUAUUUUCUAAAUUGAUAACGCUGAACACGCUGCAGUCAUUGUGUCUAAUUACUCUGUGGUUAUAGAGGUGAGACCUAGUUAUCCUCCCCUGUAUUGUAAAAUGACACAUUAUUGUACAAUUUUAAAUGUCUCUGUACAUUAAUUUGUGCACACUUCUUUUCAAGAUUAUCAUUGAUCUGCAUGCAGUAUUUUUCUGAAUGUUUAACAAGUGCCCUGUGCUUUUACAUAGUGAAGUCUUGGUGAUCUUCUGGGUUCUCAAAACUUGAGGAUACAACAAAGGGAAGAACUGUGUGGUUAGUGCUGAUGACAAGGAAAGAUAACUGAAACAGCACUAUAGGAAAUCAUUCAGAUUGGGUUUAUUAGGAAUUAAGGUGGGGCAGGAGAUGCUGUGAACCUGCUCAUGGUUUGAGAGCCAUAUAGUUAAAUAGUUUUUGCCAAGUGUGAAAAACCGAGAUUUAAAAGUCAAACUCCCUGGUUUGGAGGGGUUGAAUUGUAAAUUGUAGGAUAUCCUGGACAAUUCCCAUAUUUGGAGGGAUUCUGCCAGCAUACAUAGAAACACUGUCUGUGUUUGGUUUUAAUUUCUAGUCCAUUGUGCAUCUUACCUUUUUACAUAGUAGAGAGACAGUAUUAGCAGUCAGGAUUCCUUAGUUCUCUUCCGAGCUCUUGCUCUGUGAAGUUGUGUAAACCAGUUUGCUUUUCUGUACUUCAUUUUUCUUUGGUACAAAGUGAGCAGUCUAAUAUUUGGGCAUUGAUAAAAAUGGUUAGCAAAGCACUGAAAUUCUCAGUCAAGGUGAUAUAUAAAUGCCAAGUAUUAUUCUGCUGUUGAAUAUCUAUGGGAUUUAUAACCAAGCUCCUACACAAACUCUGGUCAUGUAGGGAUUUAUUUCAGCCGCCUCAUCCAAUGCUGUUUGAUUUUCCUCUGCUUUUAAAAGGUAUCAGCCUCCUUGGAUUAUGAUUGUAAAUAUGUAUUUAGAUUGUUUUUAACGGUGUUAUUUAUUCAGUGAUGCUAAACAGGCCCUAAUCGCCUGUUAUGUAAAUCUUUAUUUUGGCACUUUAUAUAUUUUAGAAAGAAUGGAUUUUGGAUCAGAUAUAUCAUAUAGAUGUUUUUAACUGUUUUUUUUCACUGAUUUUUGAAAAUUGUCCCUGGUAACACUUGCUGUAAUAUACUGCAGUGUUUUCAUCUUACAGACUAUUGCAAGCAUACACUAAAAUAAGCUGUGUAGUUAAUUUCUUCAGGCAAAAGUUACAGGUUUCAUCUAUAACAGAGUAUAGAUUGACCCUGUCUAGACUAUGGAUGUGUGGUUUGGAGAAUAUUAUGUACACAUAGGUAUUUGUGAUUUUUAGGACCCUUAGAACACUUCUGCUUGCCCAUGAAUGGCUGAAAGCUUUCUCUGAAUACAAGAAGGAAAUGGUCCUAUAUAUGGUGAGAUUUAACCCAAAUUAUGGUUCUGCUCUGCAAACCAAUUCUAUAGAGGUAUGGUUUUGUGUAUAAUUAUAGCUUCCUUAUCAUAUGCAUUAAGUUUAUAUGAAACCGUUACAUUUUUCUGUUUGCUAGUCCUGCAAAUUCAGUUUGGGAUCUGAAUUAAAUUUGUUUGUUUUUUUUCCUUUUACAUUGCCAAUAAUAAAAGUUCUUUAGGAGCAUUUACUAUCUUGGUGACACCUGUGCAGCUCACCUGUUUUCCAUCGUUUCAGAAACGAAGGUGAUAGGAACCUAGUAGGCAGCCUGGUUGCACAAGAAGGAAUUGCUUGCUUGCUUGCUUGCUUGCUUGCUUGCUAACAGGACUAAAAAAUAGUAGGAACUUGUGAUCAGAAAUGUCAGAGCUGAUUUCUGCCUAGAGAAAAUCGAUCUAAAGAGUGCAGUGCCAUUUUCAAAAUCACUUCUCAGAGUAGAACAGUACUUUAGCCACAACUUACCAUCAGUGCAUGCUACCCCAGGAAGAUUAGACUGUUGACAAUAUUACAAGAUGUCAUUUAAUUCAAGCAUACAGCCAAAGCCAAAUUUUUCUUGAGUUGUUUUAGCCUUGAUAAAAACCUGCCUUUAAAACCAGACUGGUUUUGACCUUCCUUAUUUAGGAGGAGCCUUCUAAGUUAAAACACAGUUUUGUAAAGUGAAGUGUGUCCUGUAAAAUGAUUCGUAAACCACCGGUUUUAAUUAUAUAUAAUGGUACAACUAAUUUUCCCCUAAAGUUCUUUAUGCACUUGCCAUUCCAAAUUGAAUUUAAGCAUAUUGUUGUGGUCUUUGUUUUUGUUGUUUUUGAAGACUUGUUGUAAUUAUGUUAAAUAUUUCUGUAGGUCCACCAUGUUCCAUUUUCCUAAUCACAUUUUUAGUAUCCUGUAACCUUUCUGUCUCAAUAGGGGAAAUUUAUUUUCCAUUUGUCCAUCCAUUUGCAGAUGUUAACUGACCUUCUAUAGCUAUCAGCAAAAUUUUAGCAGAGUAGGUGCAAUACCCCUGUGUCCAUUGAUCACAUAAUGUUGGUGUGCGAGGAACACAUUUCACUAGCCUGCCAAAAUAAUACUUCCCUGCCCCCCCC